CAGUAGUUUUUUCGAAAAAAAAUCAUUAUAAAUUUUAAAACCAUCGACAAAAUAAAUUGCUUGUUUCACACCUAUAGCCGGAAGUCCUGUAUUCUACCCACUGUCUUCAAAAAAAUAGCGCUUCAGGAUACUUAGGAGCCUUGGAAUCACUAAGGUUUUUUCGUCGAUUCGUGUUUUCAUUGGUGUUAAAACUAAUUUUUCGAAUUUCUCCAUAAAAGAAUUUAAAUAUUUCAUUAGGUAUUACGUGGAAGCCUAUGGGCAAACGGAGAUAAAGGCGGGGCAGACUAUAUAAGGCUUUAAGGUCAUAUAUCUAUUAAAUCGUUAUUGUCGGUUCUUGUAGUAACAACAGAAAUUAAUUAUGCGGUUUUUGGUAAGUCCUGCAAUCAUAUUUUAUCAGAUACUAAUAUCAUCGGUAAUUUAUACCAUAACAGCUGCACCAACUGGUGAAGUUCUUGUCAAACUAUCCCCAGAACAUUUCCAUCCAAUUCACUCGCUCUAUCACAGUCAAGAUCAUGGACAAUAUGUUUAUGGUUAUGCGACGCCUACCGUUAGUAGGUCAGAGACAAAAGCUGCAGAUGGUGUAACAUACGGAGGAUACUCAUACAUAGAUGGUGAUGGACAUCUCCAAACCGUCCAAUACACAGCUGAUGCCACACAUGGUUUCAGAGUGGCAGCUUCAAACUUGCCAUCAGACGAUGCCGAAGUAGCCCACGCCAAAGCGAGUCAUUUGGCUGAAUUUGAAGCUAUCAAAGCUGAGAGAGCCCAGAUAGCUGCCCAAGCUGCAGCUGCUGUCACUGUGCCUUACUUUAAUCCUGUGGCUGUGCCACACGCUCAAGUACCACAAGUACCUGUAAAUCAACUGUUACCAGAACCAGUAACAGACCUUCCCGAAGUAGCCAAGGCUCGUGCAGAACACUUAGCUACCCUUCAGGCCGCCUACAGAAACGCCCAAGCUGCCACUUUAGGAUAUGGAUUACCGCAACCCGUCCAAGAUCUUCCUGAAGUAGUUAAAGCCAGAGCAGAGCACUUGGCUGCUGUAGAGAAAGAAAAGGCAAGACAGUUGGAGUUACGUGCUGAAGUUCCUUUGAGUCCUAUUCCUGAGAAUCUUGAUGGCUAUGUUGUGCCUGUCCAAACUCAUGUAGGCGGCGCCGAGCCUCUUCCUGUUGCUCCUGCUGCUCAAGUGGCUUAUGCUCCAGAGCAGUACUCUUAUGGACCAUAUUCAUAUGGGUAUGUGGAGCCAUAUGCAGCUAAGUCAGAGACUAGAUCAGCUGAUGGUGUAGUCCAAGGAGGAUAUUCCUACAUAGAUGCUUUCGGAGUGGUCCAGACAGUGAACUACAUUGCUGAUAAGGCUGGGUUCAGAGUAGCAGCUACUAAUAUUCCUGUAGACAAAAACCAUCUUUCGGCAGCCGCUACAAUUUCUACUGGGGCUAGGGUAGCACCUGCACCCAUUGCUACUGUAGAGGAAAAGAAAUUUAUUGUACCUGCACUGUACAGUGCAGAUAUUCAUUACUAAUGUAAAGAAUGCGACUGAAAAUUAACUUGUUAUGAAAAUAAAUAAAUGUAUAUAUUGUGUAUUUUAAAAGUUGAAUUUAUUUUUAGUAAUAAAAUUCCUCUGUAGUCUAAAUA